AUGAUGCAGUUCGCAGUAUCAGAUCCCGGUGAUGCACUGCUGGAAUUUUCGAAAACAUUCAAGAAAGUACAGCGGACUAAAACUGUAAAUCCAUCACAUUAUGUUAGGCAACGAAAUAUUGAAGAUAAACCGGUAUGUCAAUACAUCAAAAUUCGAUCAACAAGUUUGCCGAAUCCCAAUGAUCUAUAUAUCGUUGUGCGUGAUAAUGAUAAACGAUCAUUAGCGAAAAAAAUCUCCUCAAUCUCAGAAGAAAUGAACAUGCACAAAAAUCGAUGUCAAAAAUAUCGGUUCAAUUCAAUGCUUACAAUGAUGAUACCAUUGCAUCAAUCGUCAUCAUCACCAUCAUCGUCAUUCAUUUUAAAUAACGAUUAUUCUACCAAAAAAGAUUUUGACUCAUAUUUACAAACAAAUGGAUCAGUAACGAUUAAUGAUCCCAAUGGAACAGAUGAUAGUACUACAAAAAUACUAAAAUCAACUUUAAUGUUUAUCACUAAAUUAAGUCUAUGUGAUACAAUGAAGCAAUUUCAUAAACCGACAUUGUUGGAAACAGAAAAUGCUGAAAAUUCAUCAAGUGCCUUCUAUCGAACUAUCGAUGCCAUGCCUAAUAUGAAUAUAUCAGGCAACAAAAAAACAAUACCUCUUGUCAGUGAAUUGACGAUGGCAACAAAACGAGCUCAAGCUGGUCUAGCAAAUGCUGCCAAAACAACAUUCGGUGAUGAAGAGUUGAAAAUGCAUGUUUACAAGAAAACACUGCAAGCAUUAAUUUAUCCGAUCAGCUGUACGACACCUCAUAAUUUUCAAUUAACGAAUUUUCAAACUCCAACAUGGUGCUAUGAAUGUGAAGGAUUGCUAUGGGGUUUAGCUCGACAAGGUUUUAAAUGCGCAGAAUGUGGCAUUAAAGUUCAUGAUAAAUGUCGCGAUUUGAUAAGUGCCGAUUGUUUGCAAAGAGCAGCAGAGAAAAGUUCAAAACAUGGUGAAGGGAAUCGGACACAGAAUCUGAUGGCAGUAAUCCGUGAAAGGAUGAAAGCGCAGGAGAGGAAUAAGUCUGAAGUCUUCGAAACUAUCAGGAUCAUAUUCAGUGUUGAUUCGAAUACACAGCAGGAAUCACUGAAACAAGUGAAGGCGAGUAUUCUAGAAGGAAGCUCCAAAUGGAGCGCUAAAAUUGCUCUUACUGUGAUAUGUGCUCAGGGUUUAAUAGCCAAAGAUAAAACGGGUAAAAGUGAUCCGUACGUUACCGCUCAAGUGGGUAAAACAAAGAAACGUACACGUACAAUACAUCAGGAAUUGAAUCCAGUAUGGAAUGAAAAAUUUUUCUUCGAAUGCCAUAAUUCAACGGAUCGAAUUAAAAUUCGUGUCUGGGAUGAGGACAAUGAUCUGAAGAGUAAGUUAAGACAAAAGUUAACGAGAGAAUCGGAUGAUUUCUUGGGUCAAGCGAUCAUUGAGGUGCGAACAUUGAGCGGUGAAAUGGAUGUUUGGUAUAAUUUAGAGAAACGAACGGAUAAGUCAGCGGUUAGUGGUGCUAUACGGCUACAUAUUAAUGUUGAAAUUAAAGGUGAAGAAAAGUUGGCACCGUAUCAUAUCCAAUAUACAUGUUUGCAUGAACAUUUAUUUCAACAUCAUUGUACGGAGCAAGAUGAAGUGCGAUUACCGAAAGCGAAAAAUGAUUUCUGGAAAAUAUAUUUCGAUGAUAUAGGUCAGGAGAUUUGUAAUGAAUUCGCUAUGCGUUACGGUAUCGAAAGUAUUUAUCAGGCAAUGACACAUUUUGCAUGUCUCUGUACACGUUAUAUGUGUUCCGGUGUACCGGCUGUUUUAUCAACACUCUUAGCUAAUAUUAAUGCACAUUAUGCUCAUACAACUGCUACAUCAGCUGUUUCCGCAUCCGAUCGCUUCAAUGCUUCCAAUUUUGGUAGAGAUCGUUUCGUGAAACUAUUGGAUCAAUUACAUAAUUCGUUACGGAUUGAUUUAUCAAUGUAUCGGAAGUAUUUUUCAUCAUCAUCACCUGCUAAAUUAGCCGAUUUAAAAUCAACGGUAGAUUUACUUACAUCGAUAACAUUCUUUCGUAUGAAAGUAUUGGAAUUAGCUAGUCCACCACGUGCUUCAAAUGUUGUAAGUGAAUGCGCCAAAGCUUGCAUGCAGGCAACGUAUCAAUUAAUGUUCGAAAGUUGCUGUGAAGAUGGUGGCCCAUCAACGGAUAGUGUAAAUUUUUGGUUUGAUUUUCUUGAUUAUAUGAUGCGAGUGAUUGAAGAUGAUAAGAAUAUCUAUACACCGGUGUUAAAUCAAUUCCCGCAGGAAUUAAAUGUUGGUAAUUUAUCUGCGACAACAUUAUGGCAAUUAUAUAAAACUGAUUUGCAAAUGGCUUUAGAAGAGCAUGCACAAACGAAGAAAUGCUCCACACCGGAAUAUAUGAAUUUAUAUUUUAAAGUUAAAGGAUUUUAUUUCAAAUAUGUUGCCGAUUUACCGCAAUAUAAAGCUUCAAUUCCGGAAUUUCCUGCUUGGUUUAUACCAUUUGUAAUGGAUUGGUUAAAUGAGAAUGAUGAACAUUCGAUGGAUAUAUUAAGGAAUGCUUACAAUCGUGAUAAGAGUGAUAAUUUCCCACAAACAUCCGAACAUACGAAAUUUUCCAAUUCUGUUGUUGAUGUAUUUACACAGCUUAACGAAGCACUUAAAUUAUUGAAACAGAUGGAUUGUCCGAAUCCGGAAGUAUAUGCGGAUAUGAUGAAACGAUUUUCGAAAACAUUAAAUAAAGUAUUGUUAGCAUAUGCGGAUAUGGUACAAAAAGAUUUUAGCAAAUUUGUUAACGAUGAAAAACUUGCAUGUAUUCUGAUGAAUAAUGUUCAACAACUUCGGGUACAAUUGGAGAAAAUCUACGAAAAUAUGGGUGGCCAAGAUCUUGAUCCUACCGCAAAUACGGUGCUAAAUAAUCUACAAAAGAAGCUUAAUGCUGUAUUAAAUAAAUUAUCGGGACAAUUUGUGGAAAGUUUAGUGCCAAAUAUUCAUGUACAAAUGAAUAAGUUAGGCGUUAUUUUGAGUAAAAUGAAAGGACCACAGCUGUCAAAAAGUGAAUUGGUUGGAGAAGUGGAUUCUGUACUCGAACCAUUGAUGGAAUUGCUAGAAGAUAAAUUACAAGAUUAUGCAUCACAAUGUGAAAAGACAGUGUUGAAGUAUUUGCUGAAAGAAUUAUGGCGAGCAACGAUAAUGAGUAUGGAAAAAUUGGUCGUAUUACCACCGCUUGAUAAUAAAGCAAUUUUAAAACAAAUACCAAAUGCGGAAGUUUUCUGUGAUAUGACAAAAUUAAUGUCAACUCAUUUGAAAGAAGUGAAAAUAAGUUCGGUAAAAGAAAUGAUGGAUAUUGCUCGUGAAUAUGAACGUUCAUUAACACCAAAACAAUGUACGGUAUUGGAUGCUGCAUUAGAUGCUGUAAAAGAAUGUUUUCAUGCUAGUGGUCAAGGUUUGAAGAAAUCAUUUUUUGAGAAAUCACCAGAAUUACAAUCAUUAAAAUAUGCCUUAUCAUUGUAUACACAAACCACCGAACAAUUAAUCAAAACAUUUAUUACCAGUCAAAAGCAGCAAGAUCUUCCCUCACAAGAGCAACCGGUUGGAGAAAUAAGCAUUCAAGUGGAUCUUUUCACGCAUCCGGUAACCGGUGAACAAAAAAUCACUGUUAAAAUAUUAUCAGCAAAUGAUUUACGAUGGCAAACAGUAAGUACCUUUAAGCCGUUUGUUGAAGUACGCCUGGUUGGACCACAUUUAGCUGAUAAGAGGCGUAAAAUGACAACAAAGUCGAAAAGUGGCAAUUGGGCACCGAAAUUCAAUGAAACAUUCCAUUUUUUUCUUGGUAAUGAAGGUGAGCCAGAGCAUUGUGAACUAAUUUUCCAAGUGAAAGAUUAUUGUUUCGCACGUGAGGAUCGUAUUGUUGGAGUUGGAGUGUUGCAAUUAGCUAAUAUAGUAGAACAAGGAUCAUGCGCAUGUUGGGUACAACUUGGCCGACGAUUUCAUAUCGAUGAAACAGGUCUCAUUUUACUCAGAAUAUUGAGUCAACGGCAAACCGAUGAGAUAGCACGAGAAUUUGUACGGUUAAAAUCAGAAUGUCGUUUCGAGACUGAAUCAUCUAUUGCGGCAUCAAUGAGUACUCAACAAUUAGCAACAGGUCGAGUUAGUUAA